UCAUUACACACAGACAGACAGACAGAAAACCAUGAUCUAACAUGCAACAUACAUUGUCGGUAACAGAAUCUGUUGUGAUUCCUCGUCGUUUGUCGGAGACACCAGAUUUCGAAGCUCCUCUUCUUUCAAUCCAUGGAGUCGAUCCUCGCAAGAGCUCUGGAGUACACUCUCAAGUACUGGCUCAAAUCAUUCUCCAGAGACCAGUUCAAGUUGCAGGGUCGCACCGUCCAGCUCUCCAAUUUAGAUAUUAAUGGGGAUGCAUUGCAUUCCAGCGUUGGAUUUCCGCCGGCGCUCAAUGUCGCCACUGCAAAAGUUGGCAAAUUGGAGAUCAUGCUACCAUCAGUGAGCAAUGUACAGAUAGAACCAAUCAUUGUGCAAAUUGAUAGGCUCGAUUUGGUUCUUGAGGAGAAUUCAGAUUUUAUACCAUCUGAAAGUCCAACCAGUUCUACGUCAUCAAGUGCCUCUGCCAAAGGUAGCGGGUAUGGUUUUGCUGAUAAGAUUGCAGAUGGAAUGACUAUACAGAUUCAUACAGUUAAUCUAUUACUUGAAACUCGUGGAAGUGCUCGUCGCCAAGGGGGAGCAACAUGGGCACCACCCAUGGCAUCUAUAACUAUACACAACCUUUUGUUGUAUACUACAAAUGAAAGCUGGCAGGUUGUAAAUCUUAAGGAAGCACGAGAAUUCUCAUGUAAUAAGAAGUAUAUAUAUGUCUUCAAAAAACUGGAAUGGGAAUCACUGUCUAUUGAUCUUUUGCCUCAUCCUGACAUGUUCACGGAUGCUACUUUAGGCCACUCUCAAGGGGGUGGAAACCUGAGAGAUGAUGAUGGUGCAAAGCGAGUAUUCUUUGGAGGUGAACGUUUUAUAGAAGGAAUAUCAGGAGAAGCAUAUAUCACAGUUCAGAGAACUGAAUUGAACAGUCCACUUGGGCUGGAGGUUCAGUUACAUGUCACAGAAGCUGUUUGUCCGGCACUAAGUGAGCCAGGACUGCGUGCACUUCUCCGCUUUAUGACUGGAUUGUGUGUUUGUCUAAACAGGGGAGAUGUAGAUUUCAAGGCCCAGCGGUCAACUGAAGCUGCUGGGCGCUCUCUUGUCUCAAUUGUUGUGGACCAUAUAUUUCUCUGCAUUAAAGACUCUGAGUUCCAGCUUGAGCUUUUAAUGCAGUCCCUCUUUUUUUCUCGGGCCAGUCUUCGUGAAGGAGAUUCUGAUUGUAACUUGACCAGGAUUACUAUUGCAGGACUAUUUUUGAGGGAUACCUUUUCACGGCCUCCAUGUACCUUAGUGCAACCAUCAAUGCAGUCUGUCACAAGAGAUGCUUUUGAAGUGCCAGAGUUUGCCAGAAGCUUUUGCCCUCCAAUAUAUCCUCUAGGAGAACAGCAGUGGCAAUCAAUCGUGGGAACUCCAAUAAUAUGUCUCCAUUCCCUGCAGAUCAUGCCCUCUCCUCUUCCACCAUCCCUUGCUUCUCAAACAGUUAUUGACUGUCAGCCUCUUGCGAUCCAUCUCCAGGAAGAAUCCUGCCUUAGGAUAUCAUCUUUCUUAGCUGAUGGUAUUGUUAUCAAUCCUGGUGAUAUUUUGCCAGAUUUCUCCGUAAAAUCUUUUAUUUUCACUCUCAAGGGACUGGAUAUUACAGUUCCUUUGGAUAAGGGUCAAUUGGAUAUUUCUAAAAGCUAUAUUGACAAUACAGUCCAGUCCUCAUUUGCUGGAGCAAGGCUUCAUGUUGAAAACCUACUCUUUUUGGAUUCACCCUCAAUGAAGCUAAGGAUACUCAAUCUGGAGAAGGAUCCUGCUUGCUUCUGUCUUUGGGAGGAUCAGCCAAUUGAUGCUAGCCAGAAGAAAUGGGCUGCCAGUGCAUCCCAUCUUACUUUAUCUCUAGAAGCAAGUACCGGCACCCUUAGGCAUCAGAAUUCUCUCGGAUGGACUGCUGGAAUGUGGAGAUGUGUCGAUCUGAAAGAUGCUUGCAUUGAAGUAGCUAUGGUAACUGCUGAUGGUAGUCCAUUGUUAAAGAUUCCUCCUCCUGGAGGUAUUGUUAGGGUUGGUGUUGCUUGUGAACAGUAUCUAUCCAAUACUUCUGUUGAACAGUUAUUUUUUGUCUUGGAUCUCUAUGCUUAUUUCGGGAGAAUUAGUGAGAAAAUUGCAGCAGCUGGAAAAAGCAAACAAUGGAAUGACAUGGGGAACAAAUCUUUUAAUGGAAAGCUGUUGGACAAGGUUCCUAGUGACACUGCUGUAAGUUUAGCAGUAAAAGACCUCCAACUUCGAUUUCUUGAGUCUUCUUCAAUGGAUGUUGAGGGAAUGCCUCUAGUACAGUUUGUUGGGGAUGAUCUGUUCAUUAGUGCCACUCAUAGAACCCUUGGUGGUGCUGUUGUCAUUUCAUCCACUUUAUGUUGGGAGAGUGUUGAGAUAGAUUGUGUGGAUUCUGAGGAAUACUUGACAUCUGAAAAUGGCUCUUAUUUUAGUUCGGGAGAAAAUGUUUCCUCUGUGAAUGAUAAUGGAUACCCUAUGAGAGCUGUUUUUUGGGUGGAUAACAAGAAUCGUCUACUGAGUGCAAAUGCUCAUUCAGUCCCAUUUCUGGAUGUAAACGUGGUACAUGUCAUACCAUUUUGUGAAGUAGACAUGGAGUCCCAUAGUUUGAAUGUCUCAGCUUCUGUAUCUGGUGUUCGUCUUGGUGGGGGAAUGAACUAUGCUGAAGCCCUCCUGCAUCGAUUUGGAAUACUUGGGCCUGAUGAUGGUCCCGCGCAGGGUCUUUCUAAAGGGCUGGAAAACUUACAAACGGGGCCUUUGGCAAAACUUUUCACGACAACACCUCUCAUUGUUGACAAUUCAGAAGAUGUUGAGAGUGUGACAGAAGGGAAAGAAAUCAAAUUUCCACACUUGAAGCCGGAUAAUGUGGAUGUAACUAUAGAAUUGAGAGAUUGGUUAUUUGCUCUUGAAAGUGCACAAGAGAUGGCUGAAAGAUGGUGGUUCUCCAGCCACGAAGAAGUAGGCAGAGAGCAGAGGUGUUGGCACGCAACUUUCCAUAUUUUACAAGUAAAUGCUAAAAGUAGUCCAAAGAAUGUUCCAGGCGGAAAAUCACAAUCACAUAGAACACAACAAUAUCCCCUAGAACUUGUUACGGUUGGUGUCCAAGGGCUUCAGAUCUUGAAGCCCCUUACCCAAAAAGAUAUUCCUUCAUCAAUGUUAACUGCAGAUGCAGUUAAAGAAUUUACCAACAGCGUUGGGGGUAUCAAUCUUGAAGUGGGCUUGGUAUUACAUGAGGAUAAUGUCGAUGAUGAAAAGGCUAAUUGGGAGGUGGAAAACCUAAAAUUCUCUAUAAAGCAACCGAUUGAGGCUGUUGUAACCAAGGAUGAGGUCCAAUACCUCACUUUUCUGUGCAAAUCUGAAAUUGAUUCCAUGGGCCGUAUAACAGCUGGAAUUCUAAGACUGCUUAAGCUAGAAGGUUCUGUUGGCCAGUCUGUAAUGAAUCAGCUAGGCAACCUAGGAAGUGAAGGCAUAGACAAGAUUUUCUCGCCUGAGAAACUCAGCAUCGAUGGUAGUGUUCGUAUUGGAGGACAUUCUCCAUUACCAAACCUUAUAAACGAAAGCCCGCGCAAAUCGAUGGAAUCAACACUAACUUUGCUUGAGGAAGCAGUUGUGGAUUCACAGGCUAAAGUUGAUGCUUUGAUAACUGAUAUUGGCACUUCUGAAUCUACCUCUCAGCACCUUACUGCUGUGAAACAGCUUAGUCAGAAGAUUGAGUCGAUGCAGGGUUUAAUGAUGCAAUUACGGAAUCAACUUUAAAACCUUCGGGUAUUUUUUUUGUGUAAUUAGUAUUUUAAUUUUUUUGAUUCACAUAAUUCUUUUGUAUAUAGCGCAAGUCCACAUGCUGAGCGUUGUACAAGUUAGGCAGAAAUUAAGCUCCCCAUUUGUGACAGAAAAUUUUGAUCUCCUCAUGUGUCGGGGACAAUAGGUAUUGCAUGUUGGAUAAACAAAAGCACAAGUCUUAAUUUUUCUACUAUAAUCUCUUGUAUUUACCAUCAACAGCAUUAUAGUUUGUUAUACAUGUGCAAGUAUAUUAUUCUAAUUUCAA